AUGCCCCCACGAAAGAAGGCCGCCGCCGCUGCUGCACCUAGCACGCCUCCUCUGGACGGCUGCAGCAUUGCCAUCAGCGGUACCAUUGCUGGCCGGACCCAGGCCUCCAUUGAACGGGACUAUAUCAAUGUUCUCGGUGCCACUCUGGCCAAAUCAGUCACUGCCGCCACGACUCACCUCGUCACCACUGAGGCUGACUUCGAGAAGCCCUCGGCCAAGGUCAAGUCAGCCCAGGCACACAAUGUGCCCAUUGUCUCCUUCACUUGGCUGCAGGACACUCUUGACAAAUUGGUCCGCCAGAACGAGAACGCAUACGCCUUUGGCUCUAGCUUGACCCCUUCUUCUCAAGCCCAACCCCAGCCCCAAGCACAAGCCCAGUCUCAGACCAACGGCUCUCGAAAGCGACCUGCUGCCAAGGUGGCUGCAGAUGAAGACGAAGAUGAAGAAGCAGAGGAUAACGUGAAGUCGCAGCCCAAGAAGAAGAGCAAGGCUUCGAGCAAUGUGCUCAAGAAGGAAGAAGCCAAGAUUGCCGAUGGCCAGAUUGCGAAGUCACUAGAUGUCAGAAUUCCGGUUGACGAGGCAUCUACGCGAGAGCUUGUCAACUAUGAGGUGUACAUCGAUGACGCUGGUGUCAUUUACGACGCUGCUCUGAACCAGACCAAUGCGAGCAAUAACAACAACAAGUUCUAUCGCAUUCAGCUUCUGCGCUCCGUCGCAGGUGACUACCGAACUUGGACCAGGUGGGGUCGGGUUGGUGAGGGUGGUCAAUCCAAGACCCUUGGCGAUGGAAGUUUGGCCGAUGCUCUCCGAGAGUUUGAUAGCAAGUUCCGGGGCAAGUCAGGCUUGUCGUGGGCAAAUCGCACAGAUGCACCCAGAAAGGGCAAAUAUGCCUUCGUUGAAAGAUCCUACGAGCCUGACUCGGAAGACGAUGGUGGCGACGACACAAAGGCUGCCAAGUCGGAAGUCAAGAAGGAGGACGUACCUGAUUCAACUCUUCCCAAGCCAACGCAGGAGUUGAUGCAGUUGAUCUUCAACCAACAGUACUUCACUGCGACGAUGGAAGCACUCAACUAUGACUCGGCCAAACUCCCGCUGGGCAAACUCAGCAAAUCGACCAUCCUGAAAGGAUAUCAGGCGCUGAAGGAUCUCUCGGCUCUUUUCAACAACCCAUCGCUGGCUACCUCCGAGCACCAAACCACUUACCCUCAGGCGACUGAGGAAUUGUCCAAUCUCUUCUACACUCUGAUUCCCCAUGCUUUCGGCCGCAACCGACCACCCGUCAUGCAGAAUCAAUCGAUGCUCAAGCAAGAAAUAGAACUUCUAGAGAGCUUGGGAGACAUGAAGGACGCAGCGCUUUUGAUGAAGACGGAGCAGAAAGAUGUCGUCAACAUGCUCGACCGGCAAUUCAAGGGCCUGGGAAUGAACGAGAUGACUCCCCUUAGCAACAACAGCCAGGAAUUCUUGCAGCUGAGGGAGUAUUUGAUGGAGACCAGGGGAGCUACGCACAAUGCCAACUACCAAGUCUCGCAAAUCUUCCGAAUCGAGCGACAAGAUGAGUUGAAACGUUUCGAGGCCGCACAUGGAACACCUCGCGAUAGACGCCUGCUCUGGCACGGGUCGCGUGCCACCAAUUUCGGAGGUAUCCUAAGCCAGGGACUUCGCAUUGCACCGCCUGAAGCUCCAGUGUCGGGAUACAUGUUCGGCAAAGGCAUCUACUUGGCAGACAUGUCUUCCAAGUCUGCAAACUAUUGUGCCUCAUACAUCACCAAUGGCCACGCGCUGCUUCUGUUGUGUGAAGCUGAACUCGGUGAACCUUUGCAGACUAUGACGGGCGCUUCCUAUAGCGCCGACGAAGAUGCCAAGGCGAAGGGCUUACUGUCUACCUGGGGCCAGGGAAUGACUGGCCCAAGCAAGUGGAAAGAUGCAGAGUGUGUCCAUCCUUCGCUCAAGGGCGUCAAAAUGCCCGAUACAACCGUCAAGCCCGGCAACACGGGCGUGCCGAAUGCAUACCUCCAGUACAAUGAGUACAUCUGCUACGAUAUUUCCCAGGUUCGCCUGCGAUACCUCCUUCGGGUUAGAAUGUAG